CAUGUUGCUUUGCAGAAAUAACAAUGAUACUGUAACGGUAAAACUGGAAUAUCCCGAAGAGGAGCCAUUUUACAAUAGCAUCAUGGAAACUGGCUCGGAGUGUUCUGUAAGAAAUCCUCCCGCAGGUUCUAGUCAUAAUGUUUCAAUGGAUAGGGAGCUAGAUUAUCGUUUUGUAAGAAAUAAUAACAAUAACAAUGACUAUGCACCUGUUAUAAAGGCUUAUAGAAAAAGUAGAUCUGUAUCAAAUCUUUUAAAUCAAAGCGAUUCUAGUUCUAGAACUUUAAAAACAACUCCACUACCUAGUUUGAGAUUUAAGAGGCGAUCGAAUUCUGCCAGCAAUGUUUUAGAGAUGGAUAUUCCAACUUCCGGUUCAGUUCAUCAUAUUCCUUUGAAUAAUGGAAAAUUUUUAUCAAUCUCUAUUCACGAUAAUUCGGCUACUCCUCUGUUAUCCAAUGGCGAACGUCACGAAGACGCACCUGAUUUACCCGAGGACAAUUUUUCCGCUAUAAGUGACUUGAGUAACGUAACAUCAGUCUCUCAAAUGGCAAGUAAAUCACUUCAACCACAGCUAAGUAUCGUUCGAGAGACGCCUAAGGAUACUCAACAUGAACUUGGAGUUUGA